CACGCAGACAGCAGAGACAGAGACAGAGAGGACUUCCAUCAACUUCCAUUCGCCCAACUGACCGGAAUCAACAACCUUUUAUAACAGUAUUACAGACGUCUAAAUCUCUUCAUCUGACAGACAGACGGACCAUGGCGCUGCUGACGGGAGGAGAGACUUGCGUCAAAUAUAUCUUGUUCAUCUUCAACUUCGUCUUCUGGUUGGCAGGAACAGGAGUAUUGGCUGUAGGGCUGUGGCUGCGUUUUGACUCUCGGACUGAGGGACUGUUCAGUGGAGAGGACUCUCCUUCUGUCUUCUUCACCGGUGUGUAUAUUCUGAUCGCUGCGGGGGCGUUGAUGAUGGUCGUGGGGUUCCUGGGCUGCUGUGGAGCCAUUAAGGAAUCCCCCUGCAUGCUCGGACUGUUCUUCUUCUUCCUGUUGUUGAUCUUUGGGGUGGAGGUAGCAGCAGGGAUCUGGGGGCUCUCCAAUAGAGAUACGGUAACACACUCAGAGGCUGUUAUACUGUGUGUUGUGCUGACUGUGUGGACAGACCAUCAGACAUUCUAUUUCAGCUCAAUACAAAACCUGAGCAUCUCUACAUUCUCAUGUCUCUCCUCUCCCGCCCUGUCUGUCUCCCCUCCUCCCUCGCCCCGGGUUCUCUCUUUCGCCGUUCUUCUCCGGUACCUGGUCCGAUUCGCUCUCACCCUGUCCCGCUCGGCAUUUGCUUGUCCAUACCCGGAUCUCCUCCACCUAAUUAUCUAA